UUUUUUAUAUUGGUGAUGAGGGUGUAUCAGUCUUAGGUUCUACUUUAGCAAAGUACAUUAAUCUCUAAAAUUUAACACUAAAUCUUUCUAGCAAUUUAAUUGGUGAUGAGGGUUCAUCAGGCUUAGGUUCUGGUUUAGCAAAUUGCAUUAAUCUCUCAAAUUUGACACUUGAUCUUAGUUUCAAUUAAAUUGGUGCAAUGGGUGCAUCAUGCUUAGGUUUUGGUUUAGAAAAUUGCAUUAAUCUCUCAAAUUUGACACUUGAUCUUAGUUUCAAUUAAAUUGGUGAAGGGGGUGCAUCAAGCUUAGGUUCUGGUUUAGCAAAUUGCAUUAAUCUCUCAAAUUUGACACUCUCCCUUUGGAGUAAUACAAUUGGUGCAAUUGGUGCAUCAGGCUUAGGUUCUGCUUUAGCAAAUUGCAUUAAUCUCUCAAAUUUAACACUUGAUAUUCGUCGCAAUUAAAUUAAUGAAAUGGGCGCAUCAUGCUUAGGUUCUGGUUUAGCAAAGUGCAUUAAUCUCUCAAAUUUAACACUUGAUCUUUGGGAAAAUUAAAUUGGUGAUCAAGGUGCAUCAGGCUUAGGUUCUGCUUUAGCAAACUGCAUUAAUCUCUCAGAUUUGACACUUGAUCUUUAGUAGAAUUAAAUUGGUGCAAUUGGUGCAUCAGAUUUAGUUUCUAGUUUAGGAAAAUGCAUUAAUCUCUUAAAUUUGACACUUGAUCUUAUUUCGAAUUAAAUUGGUGCAAUUGGUACAUCAAGCUUAGCUUCUGGUUUAACAUAGUGCACUAAUCUCUCAAAUUUGUAACUUUAUUUAAGUAAAAAUUAAAUUGGUGAUGAGGGUGCAUCAGCCUUAGGUUUUGGUUUAGGAAAGUGUAAUAAUCUCUCAAAUUUGAUACUUUAUAUCAGGUCUAAUUAAAUUGGCGAUGAAGGUGCAUCUGGUUUAGUUUAAGGUUUAGGAAAGUGCACUAAUCUCUCUAAUUUGACACUUGAUCUAAGUGGUAAUUAAAUUGGCGAGCAGGGUGCAUCAAGCUUUGGUUCUGGUUUUGAAAAGUGCACUAAUCUCUCAAAAUUAACACUUGGUCUUUUUGGAAAUUAAAUUGGUGAUGAAAGUGCAUUGACCUUAGGUUCUGGUUUAGGAAAGUGCAUUAAUCUCUAAAAUUUGACACUUUUUCUUUCGAAAAAUUAAAUUGGUGACGAAGGUGCAUCAGGCUUAGUUUCUGGUUUAGGAAAGUGCAAUAAUCUCUCAAAUUUGAGAAUUGAUUUAAGGUUCAACUAUGUUUAUAGAUCAUAAUAAUUGAAAGUAAAAUGCCUAAAAUCAAAAAGAUUAGUAGCCUUAAUAAUACAAGGUUGGUGA